CCUUUCCCCUCGCUGCCCUCCCAAUCGUAUUGGGCUAAUAAGGCCUCGGGCCUCAACCAAGCCCACCCCCAACUCGCAAUCCGCACCUCUGCACAACUCACAAACCAGCCUGCAUCAUGUCUCUCGCCCUUUUCCAUUCCUCGCCAGACGGCUACAGGUGCCCAUGCUAAUACUGUUGCCGAUUCUGAAUGUAAUGCGGCCCGCUGACUCAAUAGCCCUUGGGCAAGUCUACAAGUCCUUCCCCUCGUGCCCGGCUGUCGCCGUGUCUCCAUUGUCAAUAUCCCAGUUGACCACCGUACCUAACCUCGACAACCUUUCCUGUACCAGCACCCCACCACCUCCAGUUCUUGACAUAACCAUCCACAAUACUAAUCAUAAAUUCACAAUUGCUUUGAGACCACCCAGUCUCCAGGCAGGUCCCUGCAUCGCCAAGGGCCUGUGCCUGUACUCUCUCGCUCAGUUAUGCCCUCGGACCCGCAAAAGAAUGUCGUCUUUUUGAUCCAACCGCCUGGCCCAUAUAUUGAAAAGGCUGACAGACUCUCACGACGUGCCAUUAUCAAUCGCCAGAUUGCCAUUCACCGCCAUGUCCAUUCAUCUAAACGCAAGGCCUCCAAGGACAGCUCCACUUCCCCAGAAUCUGUCCCCUCCAGUUCGGGAGAUGCCGAGGUGACUGAGUUGGCCAUUCGUAAACGUCGCCCGGCAGCCGACCGCAAACGACGAGGCAAUGCACGAAAGCAACCAGACCGUGCAGAGGAUGAACCAUGGGACGAUGCCGUCCCUCUGGAGACCAUUCGGUCGACGUCGCAAUCCACCCCGCAAUCAUCCCAGGACACUUCCUUGCUCCCCCUGUCGACAGUGGGCAAUUCUCUCUUUGUCAUGGACGAAUCCAAAAGUCGAAUCUUUUCCUACUAUGUCCGCUACUGGAUGCCAACCCCCGAUGAAGUCCCCUUUGCGUGUCAGAUUGCGGGAUUCACUCCCGUCUGGCCUGGCGAUCAGACCUUGUCCAUCGGCCUUCUUUCGGAAGCCUUGCAAUCAGACAGCAUGGUGUCCAUCUAUUCUCUGCUAACGGUGUGUGCAAGGCGCAUGCGAGUCAUUAAUGGUGUCCAGGGCGGCUUGGACCUCCCCGAAAGCUAUGCAGCAAAAGCCAUCAGCAGUCUUCUCGAGGUCAUCAAGGAAAAGGGUCACUUAACACAGCGAUUGAUCCUCGACAUUUCAUAUCUCGUACUCUCUGAGGUAUAUGUUAAAAUGCACAAGAAGCCCGAGGUGUAUGGUCAGAUGCUCAAGGAUCUCAUCAUCCACUUUGGCGGAAUACAGAACAUCAGCGGCUUCACGGCUUUCGCAUGUAUGGGCUGGGACAAUUUGAUCUCCUCCACCACGCUAGUCCUGCCAGCCCUAGAUCCCUUUCGGAGUCCUGAGCUAUUUCCCUCAGUCAUGGUCGCCUCCACAAUAAGUCAAGCCGAACUGAUGCAGCAGAUCUACUGCCAGAUCCAAAAUCUGGAACCGCGGGCGAAAAGCAUGGCCAUGACCUCCAAUGCCUUCUCAAACGUUAUCACCGCCUUGCAGAUCUUCCCCGAACAUGUCCAAACCUGUAUCAGGCUUCUUGCUCGAAAUUCGAGUCCCAAGAUCUUCCGCGUCUUGACCGUGCCCUUCCUUUACGACAAAGACAUCGCCUAUGGUUCGCAAGAAGAUGCCGCCGUUGCCAAGCUCGACGUCGACAUGAUGUUUGUCAAGACACAUUCCUACUUGGUCUGGCUGUGGUAUAGCGCGCUAGGCACUCUGGGAUAUGAACCAGAUGUCGCCCAAGAAUUGUACCCCCCGCCCUACGAGGUGAGCCAGCUGGACAUCGUGCGGCUCACCCUCGACAACAUCCUUUCCAGCCUUGAGCGCACCAACUGGCAUGCCCACUACCCUCUCGUUCUGUGGAUCGCCUCCGUUUUAGCCCUGGUCAACGACGGCAAGCCCGAUUACAUGUACUGGACCAAUCUUAUGGUCAAGACAGCCACUCGACUCGGCGUUGCGACUGUCAACGAUCUCGACAUGGUGCUCGUGGGGCAUCCUUCCCUACAGCUCGUCUCCAAGCACAUGCGAGUCACCGCAUGGGACAUACUGGCGCAACACUACGCACAGGCGCCGUCAUCGUCAUCAUCAGCCCGGGGGCCUGAUACAGGCUGAACGACAAUGUUCGAUGGACAGAUUCAGUGCAAGGUGAACAAUGCCACCGGAACAGGUGCACGCCGAAGCGGACUGAACGUGAAGGAGGAUCAAUUGAUCAAUUUCAACAAUAAUGUACUAUGACGAAUGCUACUCUAUCAAAUUAAGGCUUUACGCUCACCAAUGCCCAUUUCGCCACCUCUUCAUAAAAGCAGUCUAGUUCUUGGCGCCAUGGACAGCGACGCGCUCGUCGAUGGGCUUGAAUGUCUUCUCGCCUGGCUGACCAGCGGGUUUGCCAAAGACCAGCUGAGCCUUGAGGCUCCACUUGGGGUCGACGUUAUAUGUGGAAGCAAUUUGCUGAUCGAUCAGAGGGUUAUAAUGCUGCAAGUUGGCACCAAGUCCCUCGGCUUCAAGUGCGGUCCACACUACACAAGUCAGUAUCGCGAUACGAGCCGUCACAGGCAUGGAAAGGGUAACCACUUACAGAUAUACUGGUGCAUGGCGCUGGUAUGCUCGCUCCAUUGAGGGAACUUGUCGGCGUACAGAGGGAAGGUUUCCUGGAGCUUGGCGACAUCGGCUGGGUCCUCGUAGAAGAGAACAGUACCAUAGCCAGCCUUGAAACCGUUCAGUCGCUGCUCAGAUGCAGCCCACGCCUCGGCUGGUGCAACAGCCUUGACGGCCGGCUUGACAAUUUCUUCCCAGAGUUUGGUGUGUUCGUCACCCAGCAGAACGACGACGCGUGCGGAUUGAGAGUUGAAGGAUGAGGGGGUGUGCUUGACGGUAUCCUGAACCAAUUCGAUGAUCUUGGAGUCGGGGAUUGUGGAUUCGUGGGAGAGUUGAUAAUAGGUGCGACGGGCCUUGACGGCAUCGAAAAAGCUAGAGGAAGACAUGGUGGGAGAUGAUGUGUUGAACAAGCGCACUAUGAUGGGAGUGGUGCAAGAUUGGAACUUGGACUGGGAAGAGGAGGACGAAGAGUUGAGAGGAAGGAGGGGAUGUGAUUGCGUAAAAGAAGAGGUUCGAAAGGAAGGAGCACAAGAGACGCGGUAGGUUAAGUAUCUUCUGGCGGCAGGAGCUGCUGCAGUUACACGCAUCUUGUCUAAAAUUCUAGCCACUGUCGGUUCUGGAAGGAUCGCUUGGAUUUCAGAUGCCGCGGCGGUGGGUUCGUGGAUGGCAACGGUGGUGAGAUGGGUGCGGUAUAAGGACUUUCCAGACACAUCGGAACUCCGAAUUGGCCGUUACAUGUUGGAGAGAAUAAAGUGAAAGUGUGAUUGGAUGGGCAGAGCGUUGAGAGGGGCCAGUCCAACUCGACUCGUCAAAGCCACCAGCCUGGAGGAAUUCCGCGCUUUGUCAGUCAAUAUCUGAGUGGUGCAUGCGGGCACAAUAUUAUCGCACUCGACCUCGAAAAUUGUGUAAGCAUUGCGUCAGACUGUGCGCAGGUACCCUUUGCGGGCUUUGGCCCUAGUGGCCCCUGUAGCCCCUCGGCCCCACAUUCUCAAAUUUUGUCCAAGAAGGACGACAAGCUCGGCAAAGUGGCAGAGGGGACAGUACGCCCUCGGUUUUCUUGAGGGGUGUAUGCGGCCUCCUGUCCUUAGUAAUGAAUGCAUAAUUAUAAGUACUAUUCUAG